GUCCAGCUCUGACUCCAGUCCAUGACUUCCAGACUCCCAACGGUUUCCAAACCGUCACUUUGCUCCUCCUUCGCGGGUAAAGAUGUAAACACCGGCGCCCUGGUUGUGAAGCUACCGCCUGUUUCUCUGCGCUGGACGUGAGUUUAUCUUUAUCUACCUCCACGGAUCAUCACCAGACUGCCUUAGAGCUGCUAUUCUUCCUCCCGUCAUGAUGGAGGACUACGAGGAGUUCGCGGCGAACCGUCUCUCUGAGCUGAGGAGUCCGGCCGACCCCCCCUCUGGCCCGGGGAGGCUCUGCGGCCAUCGGUCCCUGAUCCGCUUCCACGGCCGCUGCGUACUUCCGCCCCUGUUGUCAGGGGAACGGAGAGAGGAGAUGCGGACGUUGAAGGAACAUCUGAAGAAGCCGUCUGAUCGUAGUGAGUCAGCGGCCAGCGGACUGGUCGACCGCGUACGACACAUCCUGCAUAGCGUGCAGCUUCGGAAAGCACCGACUCUGCAGGAGUUCUUUGAGGAGAAGUCCGGCCUCCCCCCUCUCAGCCCCCCCUCCUCCCCUCACAGAGAGGCCUCCCCCCCUCCAGCCGGCCCCCAGCAGGGCGCUGUCGGCCCAGAGGGCCCCCCGCUGACCUCGACCACCUACAGUGGAAUGUCUCGACGCCCCCCACCCCCCCACUCACAACCCCUACUGGACCCCCCCGGGGACGUCAGCCGGCGGUCCCAGUCCUCCGGGGACGGGACCCACAACGUGAUGGGGAGGGCCGACUGGGCGAGGGAGAGCCGUGUGGAGGGGGGGACGUCCCUGGGGGGCUUCCUCCUCUGCAGCCCUUCAAACAGGACCGCCAUGACGCCAGACAUCAUCAGUCACCCGCCCAUCGACGGGGAGAAGCUGGAGCGCUCUGCCAUGGACACUUCCAUCGAGGAUUGUCUGAUUGCCAAUGACAUGCUCACAGAGGUCUGUAGCGCUGAGCCAGACCAUAAACAGUCAGUCAUUGGCUCGCUCUCAGCUGAGUCCGGCCCCCCAGUGGGCCAUCUGGUCACAUGUGUCCCACUAGGAACGGCCCAGGAAACGAAUCAUGGUGUGAGACCUCCACAAGGUGACUCCUCUGGCCGCCGUGACACUGGGUGUGGCCAGGAGGGUCCACGCCCUACCGUGGAGGCUGGCCCGGAGGUGACCCUGUCCCCAGCCACAACACCACCCCCUCAGGUACUGGGAGAGUCGUCCAGGCCGCCCGGGGAGCCCUACCGCCUCAGCCUCCAGGCCCUGCUCAAGAAGUCCCAGGAGUGCCGGCAGCAGCAGCGAGCGCUCAGGAACCAGGCCAGACCCGGCCGGGUGGUCCCGGAGAGAGAGGGCACAGAGGAGAGCCUGUCGGACAAAGAGAACCAGGAGGUCCCCCAUAAGGCCCCUCAGAGGAGGAGCACCAAACACACCAGUGGGGACACCCCAGCAGACACCGCCCUGAACAAGUGGGGCAAGGAUGAGCAGGAAGGGUCUCGGGUAGAAGACCUCGCUUUAAAAGGUUCCACCGAUGAAUUCACUACCUCACACAACACCAAAGGCUUCAGUUCAACAGGCAGUGCAAACUCAGAGACUUUGGACUUAGGAGGCAAAAAUAAAACCAUCCCUGAAAACAUUCCGCCUGCUCUCUCACCUGGAGGUGCCCACGAGGCGGCCUCCAACCCUGGGGAGGCUCUGCUCUGCCCCCUGAGGGGUCAGCCCCCACCCCCAGGGCUGGAGGUACGCUCCGGGGGGGUCAGUGAUCCUCAGAGAGGAGGGGGCUACCACGUCCUCCCCAGCCCUGUGCUGUGCACCAGCCCGGUUCACUGUAAGAGCAGAGGGCUCCAUGAGGGGGGGCACGCCCACCCUGAGACCGGAGCGCACAACGGUCACAGCCAGGGGCAGCCGGGGGCACAGCCCGUCCAGGGAGGGGGUCCAGCAGGACUCGCGCUGAGCAGGAGCUCAGCUCACACGCAGCAGAUGGACCAGCUGGAGCUCAACCUGUCCGGCCUCAAGCUGCUCAUCUCUGAGCUGGAGUCCACCAUCACAGAGAACAUGAGGAACCAGGCCCCGCCCGGAGACCCUCCUCACGGGGGCCACAGCCUCUCUGGGGAGGGUCGUCCUGUCCGGGACAGCGCCUGGACCGGGGGCCCCACUGAUGAAGACACAGACCCUGAGCUGUGGGACUUCAUAGACCUCCCGUACUUCAGACCGCACCGAGGAGGGGACAGCGGGGCAGGGAGCCACGGGAGCCCAGGCCAGGCCCCGGCCCGCGGCCUGGCCCGGGGGUCGGCUGCUGGAGGGGGGGGUGGGGGCUCCCCCAGCGCCCAGGGGGCCCCCGGGGCCAGAGGACCCCUCACCUGCUCCAGGAUCCCCCAGCCGUCUGCAAAGCGCCCCUCCGUCUCCCCCAGGCCGCUCAUCCCAGACGCCUUCUGGGAGAUUCAGCCGGUCAGGGUGCAGUCGGACAGCAGCAACCAGCCGUUCAGGGUGCAGUCGGACAGCAGCAACCAGCCGUUCAGGGUGCAGUCAGACAGCAGCAACCAGCCGUUCAGGGGCAGACCACCAGCCGCAGUGGCGGAGGGCGACCCUCUGAACCGGUCGUACGACGUGGAGCGUCCGUCGGGACUCUGGCGCCUGGACCCUUCGGGGUCCGGGGCCGGUUCGUACCUUUCUCCCGUCCCGGACCACAAGCGCCGGACCCCGGAGAGCGAGGGAGGGGCCGGAGGGCAGGGGGGCGUGUCCAAGGCCAAACGCAGACUGCUCAUGCAUGCAGAGCAGGCGGCGGAGGAGAGGAGGCGGGGCAGACUCUCGUACGCCAGCCCCCCCAACGCCCCGCCCCCCGGCCGUGGAGCCGGGGGCGACCCGGGAGACGAGCUGCAGCAGGCGCAUGCCGCCCAGUGGAGGGCGCUGCAGGCUGAGCAGGGAGUCCAGCAGCAGCACCUCCUCCAGGCGUUGUCGGAGCGUUGCCGUCUCCUUCAGAGGGUGUCCUCGCUCUGCCCGCCGUCUGUCUCCUGGCCCGGGGACGCCGCCACCUUGUCGGGAGGUGGCGUCCUCUCAGACGUCUGCUUCCAGCUCCCCCUGCCCGCCGCCCCGCCCCUACAGUCUGUGGGGCGGUCUCUCCCUGAGCGCUGGCGCCCCCUGGUGGCGGCGGCCGUGAAGGGUUUCCUGACGCGCCGGCUGCUGAGGACCGGGAGGGUGCAGCAGCUGCGCCGCACGGCCAGGGACACCCAGCAGUUCCUGCAGGCCUUUGAGAAUCAGAGUCCGGGGGGGCGAGAGGGGCUGUGCAGCAGACAGGACGGGUUGCUGUGGGAGAGAGUCACCCUGCAGCUGCGGUCUGUCCGCUACGAGAUCCAUGAUGUUUUCUUCAGGCUGACGGCGGCUGAGAAGAUGCAGCUGAUUCGCUGGGACAGAGAGCUCAAACAACAGACAGGGCCACCAGGUCGGGUCGUUGGAAAGAGUUCUCUGUCUGCUGCCACACAGAAAUCCUUGGAGAGGAAAAGAAGAAUCAUGAUGCAGCAGAUGGUCCCAGACCGGCCUUGGGUCAGAGGGGCCCAGGGUCCUCACCUUAGGGGCCCGCCUACACCACAACGCAGGCCGGGGCAGCUCAGGACCUCAAGGCCUCAGAGGGGCCCCAAGACCUCCAGGACCGGUAGACGCUGAGAGCCUCUGAAGAACCACUGGGAACACCACAUAUAUGUAUCACCGUGGACCAGAGAUUAGCCUAGCAACGUGUUCCUGUUGAUAUUUUUGCAUUGCCAAUGUUUUAUAAUUAUAUUUAUACAUUUUUGAAGUUUUUUAAUAAACGUUUCUAUUUAAAG